AGAAGGAUGGAUGGAAGUAGCUCGGCAGGAAAUCCCAGCGCUGCCUCGUCUGACCCGCUUCCUGCCCACGCUGACGAGGAGACGCUUCCACCGACUGAUUGGAUCUCAGCUUCUGAGGAGGAUGAUGGGCAGAGCCGAGGGUCCGACGGUCUGCCCGGGUCCCAGAAACAGCAGAGUCCUGCAGAGAAAGACCAGAGUCCUCCAGUAGGAAAAAAGAAACCAGAUGAUUCUCCAACCAAACCAGGUCAACUAAAAUCUGAAAAUAGGACUCCAAAAAACAAACUUAAUGCAGAUCAACCAGAACCUUCUCUAGCCGAGCCAGAUCAAACUAAACAAGAUCCUCUUCCUCCAGAGCAACCAAAACUGGGAGAAACUAAAGAUUCUCCUCCUGCAGGAGAUCCACUAAAACCAGAUCAAACUUCUCCAACCAAACAAGAUCAAAAGAAUCCAAGAACUGCAAGACCUGAACAAAAACCAGAUUCUCAGGAACACAGAAUCCAGGAAGACCUCACAAUCCAGAAACCUGAAGAAGACCCUCCUCCUCCUCCUCCUCCUCCUCCUCCUCCUCACCUGAACACCCAGCAAGCUCCUCUUCCUCCUGCACACCAGCAGUCUCCUCCUCAGGUUCUUCCGUCGAUAGUCCAUCCGACUGAAGAUCCGACGCUGGCUCCUCCGCUCCAGGCUCCUCCGCUCCAGGCUCCACCCCUCACCAUUGAGGCGUUCUGUGACCAGGUACAGCCCCGCCCUCCGGUUUCUUCUACAAGUGAGCCCAAACUGUGUGGCUUCCUACAGAAGCAGGGGGGUCCCCUCAGGGCCUGGAAACAGCGCUGGUUCACCUAUGAGGAGAAGAAGAACCAGCUGUUCUACUACCGCACGCCACAAGAUGUGACGCCACUCGGCCAGGUGGAGCUCUGCAGCGCCACCUUCACCUACCCACUAAAGGCCGAGAGCGGCACCUUCCACAUCAAGACGCCUGAACGCACCUUCAUCCUCAAGGCGGUGACUCAGGAGCUGAUGAUCUAUUGGCUGCAGCAGCUUCAGGUGAAACGCUGGCAGCACAGACAGACAUCCACCUGUCCCGACCCAACAAACAACAACAACAACAACACUACAGACGACUUCCUGCCGGUGUUGAAGAGCCCGCUGGGUCUGGUGGGGCAGGAGGCGGCCAACGUAUCAUCACAACGAUCGCCACUCGCCAACAUGUCGAUCAAACAUCCGCUCAUCGAGAUCCAAAACUCCGUCCACAGUCUUCGUAAGAGAUCGUCUCAGGAGUGGAGUCAGAGUGUGUUUCAUGUAGAAGCUCCACAGUGGAUUCCCCCGAACUCUGCAGACUCCAACAACACUACAGGUGAUCUUCAGGUACGCACUGGCUCUCUUCAAAUACAAAGAGGAUGACAUCCUGAAGAUCCACGACAGCGUGGAGAUCUACCAGUACCUGCGCUUCUUCACCAAGACCAUCUCUGACGGCAGGAAGCUGACCAGCAUCGCCUUCAGCGACAUGAACCCUUUCCCCGGCCGGCUGCUGAGGAACCGGCGAGCACUUCACCUGGACCGCCUGCAGGGGGAGCUGCGAGAGCUGGAGGAGCAGCAGAGGGAGUUCGUAACGGAGAGCGCCGAACGUAAAGACAAAGAGCUCGACACCAACGUCAGCGAGGACGACGAGGAACUCUGAACUCACGUCAGUCAGCUGCUUCUUACCUCACGAGCAUCUUGUUGCACACAAUUGACCCUGAACUCGUCACUGCGGUCACACUGCAGUCACACUGCGGUUUAUUCUCUACUCACAUAAAACCCAGACCAGAAAUCUGACCUCAACCCGCCUUUGUGUUCUGGCUUUGAACGGGGUUCCCAGGCGUCCUGGAAAACCUGGAAAUGUAUCCAAAAGCACUGUAAAAACCAGAUAAGUUAAUUUAACUCAAAAUAUUGUUUUAACUGAUUUGUAAGAGUUUGUUACUCAAAAUCAGCAGGACUUUCGAGAAAAACUCCUGGAAAAUGUCCUGGAAAACGAUUUCUUAAAACGAGUGGGAACCCAGUUUGAAGCCAAUUUGAUGUAGUGGCCAACCUGUGUAACUACACACAGAGUAAUGAGUUCACAUUGUGAACAUUGUGUUCAUUUGAAUCUUGAUGAAAUGAUUCGUUUAACUGUCAGAAUUUGAGCCAUUCGGUCCGAUAACAUUUAUAAAGUCUAGAAGAGACACACGAUUAAAUCUUUUUAUCCACAUUCAAGUUAGCGGCGAGCUAAACAGGAAGUUCAGAAGUUAUCAGAAUAUAUCUUUUACAUUAUCUUAACCACAAAUCAUUUAUUUUUAAAGUAAUGAGUUUUAGUUCUCACAGAGCACUACGUACGGUUGGUACCGAGCAGGAAGAGUACUGAUGAUCUUAAAGAUUACUCAACUAUAAGUAAAAUUACUGGUGUUAAAAGUAACUACUCAGAGUUUAAGUUCAUGUUUAACGCGCUGCAGACGUCACUACUCACAGUCACUUCAGGGUCACAACGAAAUCCACAUCCAAUUGAGAAAACGCGUAUUUUAAGUCCCGAUUUCCAUUUUUCUUUUCCAUUUUAUGCUCCCGUAUUUCAAAACUCAACUCUAUUGACGGAGAGUUUACUGACCAUAAAGUGACAGUUUAGUGAGCGAGUGACUCGUUAAAUGCAAUUCAGUUUUGAACAGUCCAUAAGCUAACAAGCUAACAAAUGAAUGAAUUGUAUUUAUGAGCAAAGUUGUAUCUUCAGCAUAAAAACAAAGUUUUUAAACUAAAAUGUUAAAAUGCAGGUGAAAUUAACAAUGUUGUUAUUCUGUUCCUCUGUUUAACAAUGUCUGACAAAAAAACUCUGAACUAACUGAUAUCACUGUCAGAUUAUAAUGAGCUGGAUCGUUAUUACUACAGAAUCAUGAUACACGUUGAUGUGAUUGAGUUAUUUUCAUGUAGACACAGACUACAACGAUGUUGUGGUAAAUCAUUUUAAAAUCAUUUUAAACUCAGUAGUUUUGACCUUAGUACAGACAGCAGUGGUUGAUUAUAACUGUGAACUUACACACCGCGGGUUACACAUUUUACAGGUUCGAUACCUGAAGACACUGAAUGAAACUGUUAGCUAACGCCUGACAUGAUAAUAAUGUAAACAGUCCAAAUGAAUAAUGUGUUAAACAGGAAGCUGUACGGUCAGUAACGAGUGUUCAGUGUUAUUAAUGCAGAUCAAACUGUAGUUUAACACUUUAACUUACAGGAAAACCAACUAACUAAUAAACUCAACGCACACUUUAUUGGUUAGUUUUUAGCUCCAUGUCGGCCUGAAAGUUUGGUCAGUCUGCUACUGAUCAGAUUUAUUUAAAAACACAAAAUCAUCUUCUAUCAAAACCAAAAGGAAAAAUUUUAAAGAAAUGCAGCCAGAUGAGAUUUCUCUGACAGGCUAACAUAGACUGACAAUGUUAUUACAUUAUAACCACAUUAACUUUGGGUAAGAAAGCCUCCAGAUGAACGUUUUCGCUGCCCAGAGAGAACUGAUGAUAAUCUCAAUCUUUGAUGAAUGUUUGGCUCCAACUAGCUAACAGUGCUCUUUGUGAAACGGAACGAGCUCGUUGCAGCUGGAGAGAAACAUAAAAACCUUCUGAACACUCUGUGUCUCUGUGUCUGUGGGAAUGAAAGCUUGGAAUGUGGUUGCUAACAGUUUUUUACUUUGCACUACUGGUUAAUGUUUGUUGUUCAAAUCUGUCUUUUUCUAUUAUUUUUGUACUUAAAUGUUGAGAAUCUAAAGUGUUGGAUAGGAUGUUUUGGGGAUUAUUUGUCAGCAAAAUUGUCAGCUAUAAGCGUGCUAAGUAGCCAAAAUAUAUUGAUGUUGCAAGACUUUUACGUGUUAUGUAGAACAACGACAAUAAAAUUGAGUUGAACUUGUAACACAGACACAAACACAAAGGCUUCGUAUG